AUGAUUGCUAACAAUUUCUCAUUUAUCUCCAUUUUUAUCUUCACCUUGCACAAAGAAUUUCAAAUGAAGCGUAUUUUUAAUAUUCGUUCAACUGGGGGUGGUCCAACGCUCUUUGAAUGGCAACGAGGGUCAUCCCAGUAUCUAGCUUCUGUACCGACACUUGCAUCUGUAGUUCGUAUCACAGACCGAAAAGGUGCUCUUGUUGAUUCAAUAAGUCUCAACAGCGACUGUCUUGAAAUAAAAUGGUCUCCGCAAGGCACUUGUCUUGCUAUUUUACAAAGCAAAAAUAUGCCAUUGAUUCUAUGGGAUGCAAGUGGAACAAAAAAUGUAACUAUGGUGGAUACAGGCAUGAAGAAUUUGGAAACCAUGGCAUGGUCACACGAUGGAGAAAUGAUGGCGAUUGCAUCGUCUAAAGGUAGUUUAUUUCUACUAGACCGUAAAUCCGACAAACGAACUCCUGUUGUAGGAAAACACAACAAGGCUAUUACAGCAAUGGCUUGGUCUCCUACUGGUGAGCUUGCAUGUGCAUCCGCAGACAAAUCGUUUUCGAUAUCCAACCGUGAAGGGGACACGCUAUUUCAAAUGGGAUUAAAGGGCGAAGCCAACUUUUUUCAGCCUACUCAGCCUCUUGAGCUUGCGUUCUCUUUAAAGUAUGGUGCUAUUGCUGCAUACAGAUGGUUCAAGGACAAUCAAAUCCUAGUUGGAUUUACUUUGGGUUAUUUGGUGAGUGUAUCCACAAGCUCGCAUCAGCUUGGAAAAGAAUUAUUUCAAUCUAAAAGUUAUAAAGACUCACUGGGUGAUAUAGCCGUGUCUAAUAUACUUAAUAUAGCUGCUACAUGUGGUGACAAUGUGAUCAAAAUUCACGACCUUUCAAAUUUACAGGACGUAAGUUUGUUGAUUACUCUUGAAAAUGAGCGAGGAUCAAUGAACAGGCUUCAUUUUAGCGAUGAUGGACAGUUUUUGACCGUCAGUACAAAAGAUGGCUCGCUUUAUACGUACUUGUCGAAACUCCCUUUACUUGGUCAUACCUGGUUUAAUCGAGUGGCAUACCUGUCAAGUUUGUCAGAUGUUGUGGUUGCAGAUUAUAGUGUGACACCUCCCGUGUAUGUUAAAUGCGAUAUUGGCACGGAGCCAUCAUGCAUAUCACUUGGUCCAAAACACCUUGCAGUUGGCGUGGGAUCAAAAGUCAAAUACUAUACCAUGGCUUCACCAUUUCAACGACAAUGUGAUGGAAUUAAACCAGGGAUGGAGUAUAAUUCAACCACAUCACUACUGGGUCAAACCAAACAGCCGCUUACUUUUACCGGUGAAAUGGUUGAAAAAGAAUAUCCUGAAAAGGUUUCAGAUACAAUUGUCAUGAAUCAAGACUUUGCUGCUGUACUGCUCACCAAUGGCGAGUUACAUUUGCAUCCGCUUGAAGCUUCCUUUUUUGGUGUUGAUGAUUCAUGUACACCAAUUGGACAAUCGCUUAUAUUUCCCGAAGUCAAAUCAGCACAAGACAAACUAGCUCAAAGACCAAUCAUUACUUGUGUCGCACUGACAGACGAUUUUUUCAUCUAUGCUACAUCCAAUGGGUUGAUUUGCCAUUACGACUUGAAUAAUAUUUUACUAGUGAACGAGUUUCAGCAUUCAGCAGAAAUCAAAGCAAUAUACCCUAAACCUGGACUCAGUACCAAGCUAAUAUUUAUUGAUGCAACAAACAAGGCGUAUAUUAUGAGUCCUAUUCUUGAAGCUCCGUUUGAAAUUCCGGGAUUUACUGCUGAAACACGAGGGAUUUUGUGGGAAACGACUCCAUUUUCAAACCGUAACAUUUUUGUAACUUGGGAUGACACAACCAUCACAACGUUCACUUAUACCACUGCAACUAUGAAGGGCCCACAAUGUCGUGGAUUGCACUCGUCAACUACUCAUUUGCCAUAUGGACUAAAACCUGCUCUUUUUUUGGAUGGAACUUUAGUAUGCCAGACACCUGGUGGAAAAUUGGAAUCCACUGUGCUGGCAACACAUGAAAGCGUUAGCCCAGAUGAGUUUUUACGUUUAUUUCAAACCGAGGUUGAACAGGGUCGUGCACUCUGUCUCCUCUACCUAGUUGGUAGAAUGCAAUGUAUUUGGAAACUGUUUCCCAAAGUAUCGUCGCGUCAGGCAUGGGCAAUGUUGGCAGAAGCAGCGCUUCACUCCAUAGAUGUUCCAACUGCAAAAAGAGUCUACAGACAAAUGCUGGGAGAUGCAGGAAUGAUGAUGAACCUUUUACGUAUCGAGGCAGUUGAAGAAUUGACGGAACUACAAGGUCAUAUUGCCGUCAUUUUUGGUGAUUUUAACUUGGCUCAGCAAUAUUUUUUGAUUAGUUCAAAUCCAAAAGAAGCUCUUUAUCUUCGUCGUGACCUGCUUGAAUGGGAUCAAGCACUCACACUUGCAAAUCGUAUGUGGCCAGAGGAAGUUCCUAUCAUUGCAAGAGAAUAUGCUAUGCAACUUGAAAUAGAUGGUAGUCCGGCAGAAGCACUUGCAAUGUAUGAUUUGGCAAACUCAUUCAAUAUUCAAUUUGAUUUUGAAGAGGAGUUGCAGGAACACAAACAUGUUUGCCAAGUUGGGCUUACUCGCAUGGCAUUCCGAACAGGAGAUAUUUCCCGUGGAAUGUCACUUUUAGAAUCAAUAUCUGACAGUCGGGUUUUGUCUGAUUGUGCUAAUAUCCUGGAAUCUAUAAAACAGUAUGUGGAGGCUGCAGUGAUAUUUGAGCGGGGUGGUAUGCUUGAGCGUGCAGCUGAGCUAUGGAUCAAACUCAAAAACUGGAAUAAGGUUUCGCGAUUGAUUGACAAGCUAAACAAUCCAAGAAUAUUUAUCCAAUAUGCACAAGCUAAAGAAGUUGAAGGACAACAUCUUGAGGCUGCCAAUGCAUACGAACGUGCCAAGGAUUACGAUAACUUGGCGCGUGUUCUUUUAGAAAACCUCAACGAUGUCCAAGGUGCAGCUAAUUUAGUGAGAAAAACAAAGUCGCGAGAGUCUGCUAAAAUGAUGACAAAGGCAUUUCAGAGCUUGCAGGAUUACAAGUCGACUAUUGAGUUUUACAUCUUGGCUGGAAUGCUCAAGGAAGCGUUCGAGAUUUCCAAAAGUCAAAAUUUGGUCGAACACUUUGCUGAUAUGGUUGAGGAGCAAGCCAGCAAUGACAUGCUAUUAAAUAUUGCUACUUACUUUCAAACUCGACUCAUGUAUUUACAAGCAGGAAAGUUUUUUCUACACGCUUCUAGGUAUGCUGAAGCACUCAGAAUGUUUUUGCAAUGCCCGGUUUUGGCUACGUCGGAUACCACCACAUUAAAUGAGAUUGGAUUUCACAGCAAUACUUCAAACACCAGCAGUAUUCAUCUGGCGAUUGAAACGGUUGGGUAUGCCAAAAAUGAUGCUCUCACACAUGAGUUGAUAGAUUUUUUAAUGGGAGAAACAGAUGGAAUACCCAAAGAUGCCAAAUAUAUAUUUAAACUGUACAUGUCACUCAAUCAAUUCAAGGAAGCUGCUCGCACCGCGAUUAUUAUUGCUCGUGAGGAGCAGGUUUUAGGAAACUAUCGAGCAGCUCAUGAUUUACUUUUUGAUAACUACAGACAGCUUAAAUCCACCAAAGCCAAGGUACCUGCUGAGCUGGACAGAAUGCUUAUGCUUUUACAUAGCUACAUACUUGUAAAAACACUAGUCAAGAUUGACGAUCAUGCCAAAGGAGCAAGGAUGCUUAUGAGGGUUUCCAACAACAUCAGCAAGUUUCCAUUGCAUAUCGUUCCAAUUCUGACAUCAACUGUUGUUGAGUGCCAUCGUGCAGGAUUCAAAAAAGACGCAUUUGAGUACGCUUCAAUGCUGAUGAGGCCCGAGUAUCGACAAAAAAUAGAUGCAAAGUUUAAACGCAAGAUUGAGCAGAUUGUUCGACGUCCAGAAAAAAAUGAUUCAGAGAUUGAACCAACCACUCCAUGUCCAUUUUGUUCAAGUCCUGUUGCUGAAUCGUGUUUGGAUUGUAGCGAAUGUAAAAGUCGACUACCCUACUGUAUUGCAACUGGAUUUCACAUGGUUUUGGAUAGUUGGAGUGUAUGUUCCAAAUGUCUGUUUCCUGCAAUUACUCAUCACUUUAAAGAUCUUGUGCAAAAAACUGGUCAAUGUCCCAUGUGUAAUGAAAGGAUAGAUCCCGAGUCGAUUUUUUCUGUGGACGAUCCAAAGUCAUAUCUCUAUGGAAAAAGCAACGAUAUUGAGGACGGAAUAGAUCCAAACGCUUUAACCACUAAACCUGCUGCACGCAAAUUGAAUGAAGGUUCAGAAAUGGCGUCAAAAGUGACAGAAUUGCCGGUUAUAGGACGACUUUCAAUUGAUGGAUGAAUAAAUGAAAUUGGAGUUU